AUGAGCCUGACCUCCAUCGUACGAGUUGGAUGGAUUGCAGCAGUUACCAUUGCUGCUGGGACAGCCACAAUUGGUUAUCUAGCUUACAAAACAAUUUAUGUUAAAGAUCAUCGCAACAAAACUAUGAUGAACCUACACAUUCAGAAAGAUAACCCCAAGGUUGUACAUGCUUUUGACAUGGAGGAUUUGGGAGCUAAAGCUGUGUACUGCCAUUGUUGGAGGUCCAAAAAGUUCCCAUUCUGCGAUGGAUCUCACACAAAACACAACGAAGAGACUGGAGAUAAUGUGGGACCUCUGAUCAUUAAGAGAAAAGAAACCUAGAUCGACAGUUUCCAUGCUGCAAACCAAGUCAUCCUGAUUGUUUAAUUAGAAUGACUGCCACUUUAGUCUAAUUCACCUUCUCUGGGUUCUAGAUGUGGUAUAUUACAAACUGCAGCUUUCAUAUUCAUGUCAU